AUGGUGAAAGAUGGCAAAUCUAUUGCAAUGUUACAACAAGCCGAAAUUACCGAAGGUAAUCUUAAGUGGAAGAAUUCUGUAAUUUUCUAUGUCAUAGGCUAUUAUCCUACUAUAGCUGUUGUCCAUAGAUACAUUGCUGAAAAUUGGAAUGUUGUAGCUAAACCUGAUGUUUUUUGGCAUGAUAAUAGAUACUUUCUGAUUAAAUUCCAAAACUUUGAUGAUAUGAAUGUUGUUCUUAAUGCUAGUCCACACAUGUUCUUUGGUAAGGCAGCUAUUGUUAAGCCUUGGUCUAAGAAAUUUGACUUUCAUGCUGAGAUUUUGAGAACUGUUCCUAUAUGGGUGAAAUUACCUAACUUACCUUUGAAUUGUUGGGGUGUGGACACCCUGAGCAGAUUGGGAAGUGUCUUAGGGGUUCCUUUAUGUGCUGAUGAGUGUACUUCAAAGCAUUUGAGGGUCUCAUUUGCUAGGUUGCUCAUUGAAGUUGAUGUCACUAAGACUUUACCCAAGAAUAUCUAUGUGCCUGAGUCUGGGGGUAAUGGUUCUAUGCAUAAUGCUGGUGUGUUCACUCCUGCUCCAACUACUGUGCAAGCUACUUCUGAUGAUGAUUGGAGAGUGGUGGGAAGGAAGCAAAGAAGUCAUAGUAAUCCUCCUGUCUUUACUAAUAUUCCUCAUUCUAACACUUAUGCUGCCUUGCUUAAGGAUGGAAAUGGUGCUAGAGAACUUGUUCCUAUCGGGGGUGAUGGUAAUCCCCCUCUUGGAUUAUGA